ACAUUAUAUCAAAAACAACAAAUAUUCAAUUUUACACUUUUAAUUAUAGAACUAAAUGAUAAACCACAAAAAAAAUAUAACAAACAAUUUUGAACAUAAAUUAAAUAAUUAUUUCUGAAAAAUCAAAACCUAUUAAAAAGUGAAAAUACGACAUAGCAAAGAGAAAACAAAACAAAAAGCUCAAUCCAAGCCAUGAGCUCUCAUUGGCUGAUCUAUUGGGGGUGGGGAUAACCCUUUUUUUUAGUUUUGACCAUUGAUAACUCUAAAUCUAAGGGUCACAAAUAAUCCGUCAUUUAGUGAAUAUUUUCUCUUUUCUUCAUGUGUGUUUCUUUCUUUCUUUUGUCACAGAUCUUCUGUUUUUCUGUCUUUCUUCUAUGUCUGUAUUUUUUUUUUCUCACAGACAUCGUUCUAUCUCUUCAGCAUCAACAUCUCAUAUUAAUCAAUUUUUUCCUUUCUCACAGAUCUGAAAAAAAUGGAAACAGAAGUGAUGAAACGGGAAGGAGAAGUGGUGGUGUGAUGGCAUUACAAAUUGGAGGCACGAAACAGAAGCACGACAAAUGACUUCUUCAGUUAUAGUCAUCGCUUCAGCCACUCCGCGAGUAACGAAGCCGGUGGCAAGGCGUGGAAGAGCCAGGGCGGAGCUUGGAAGAGCCGGUGACAGAGCGUAGAUGAGCCGGUGACGAAGCGUGGAUGAGCCGGUGACGGAGCGUGGAUGAGCCGGUGACGGAGCGUGGAUGAGCCGGUGACGGAGCGUGGAUGAGCCGGUGACGGAGCAUGGAUGAGCCGGUGACGGAGCGUGUGACGGAGCGCGUGAUAUAUAUGUCUAUAUAUGUAAGAGGUAUAUAAACCAUAUUUGUAUUAUAAUUUUAAUGACUUAAUUCAAAAAUGUUUUAUGAUUUUUUUUUAAAUUUAUUUAUUUAUAUGGCUAUGACUUAGCUGAAGAAAUAUAGUAGCUAAACUCUGUAGCUAUUUAGCAAUAGAACACUUUGUAGCAAUGCUGUUGCUAUUGCGCGACAGAACACUCUGUAAACAUGCCCUCGCUAAUAGCUACAACUAGUUUCCUCGCAAAAUCCGUCGCUAGCAAGCUACGGAAUGGCGACAGAUUGGGUUUAGCGUCGACGCUGACGCCACGGUUCCAAUCCGUAGCCAUCCGUCGCUUUUUGCAUAUCUAGCUACGAAAAAAUCGGUAGCUAUAUGACUGAUUUCUUGUAGUGUUUAGGCCUUACAUGUUAGUCGUGUAUAUAAGUAUCUUAUAUAUUAAAAUAGAAGUACCUCAUUUCAUGUGUGAUUUUUUUAGUUGAACCAUCUCCUAAAAAAGAGUCACAUUUAAUUUCUCUAUUAUUUAUUUAUUAAUGUUACCUAAAUGCUCUUAUACAUUAUCACUACAAAAAUAGUGUAUUGUGUGUUUCACUACAUAGAAAAUAAACUAACUAUAGAGUCUCAAUUUCUAUGACCAUUAAUGAUAACUAUUUUCAAUGUUACUAUACAUGUUGUUUUUCUUAUAAACUUGCUAUGAAUCAAAUUUCAUGUGUCUUUGGUAUUACGGGUGAUUGAUGAUUCCAUUCUAAAUUGUGUUCUUUCUUUGAACAAACUUCUAUGAACUUAAACAAUCAUACUCAAUACUCAAGAAAACAAUAAAUUUGCUAAAAGUGUUUUUUUUUCUUCUUAUGAAUUUCUAUGAACAUGAAUAACCAUACUCCAGAAUACAGCAAACUCGCUAGAAGUGUUUUUUUCUACAUAAACUUUACUCGAGUCAUAUUUCAUUUAAAAAUAGAUUAUUUCAAAUGUGGCAGUGUUAACAACGAAUAAACUUUUUAUGUUGUUAGUCUUAAACAUGAACACUGCUCUUUUUGUAAAUAAGAUUAUUACUUUAUAAACCAAACACAGUUUACUCUUGGAGAAGAUGAAGUGGUGUACUAUCGACGUAAAUAUUAAAAUCAGAUAUAAAAUAUCCUAUAAUUUAAUAUAACAUAUUACCAAAUCUGUUCAAAUCUACCGUAAAUAUCGUUAAACGUAUAUUCCCUAAAAUUUUGUUAAAUUACAACAUAUAUAUCAUGAUUUAUUUUAUUAAUAUAUGGGAAUAUUCUUUUUAACUAUAACAAGUUAACAACUGUUGAAUAUUAUUUACAAAUUGAGCUAAAUACAUGAACAUGAUCGUAAAAUAUCUUUUUAAUAAAUUGAAUCCAAAUACGAAUAUACUUUUUACAUAUAUGCAAAUAAUAGUCUACUAUUUAUUAGUCAUAUGUAUUCAAAAUCCGGCUAGCUAUAAACCAAGAAUAUCAAAAAUUGGUCUUUACUCUUUAGUUAUUUGUGUACCUCAGUGUUUUUAAAACCGGACCGGAAGCUGAACCGGAAAUAUUUUAGGUCACGGUUCAAUAUGGUUCGACCGGGUCAAAUCUGGUUCAAUAAUAUGGUUAAUAUUUUUUUAGUAUGUAAAUAUAAAAGUAAUAUUAGUAAACAUGAUGCAUAGUUAAAAUAUAAAUCAAUUUUGAACAUAAAAUAUUAUAAAUAUAAAUUAGUUUCUUGUUUAUAUGGAUGGUUUAUAGAUUUUCGAUAGUUUUAGUGGUUUUUAUUGGUUUAAUAACUUUGAAAUAUAAUCCGGCUAUGUGGCCGGUUCAUGGUCGAACCAAUUACUAGACCAACCCGGCUAUAUAACCGGUUCACGGUCGAACCCGAUCCAACCAUCGGGUCGGUCUGGUUUUAAAAACACUGGUGUACCGGUUUGCACUCCAUUUAGUAAAUAUUCACAUGUUAUUAUGAAUACAGAGACACAUUCAGUAAAUAAUACAUGAAAUUAAAUGAGUUUUGAGAACAUAUAUAUUUAUUGAACUAUUUAAAUAUAAACAAAUGAUCUAAUAUAUCAAAACUGCAAUACAAAUGAACCAAUUCUGCAUAAAUCACAUGUUUUUAUUCAAAGGAAAACCACAACUAAAUAUUUUAAAAACCACCAAGAUCCAAGAUCAAUCAUCUCUUAAUUUUGAAAAAUAUAUAUAUACACACGUGAUGAUCCUAUCAUUUAAAAUGAUCACAUAAAUUUUAGUCCUCAAUUUUUAAAACAAAAAAAUAUCCACAAAGAUUGCAUUCUAAAAACACAAAGAUAUAGCAAAUCUUAAGCUGUGAAAAUGAAGUUUUUAUUAGAAUAUAUGUAUUAAUAAUAAACAUAUUAAAUGGUAUGCUUUAAACAAAUACACAUUAAAAGGUUUUUAAAAAUAUUAUCUUUCUACAUAUAACUUAUCAAAAAUGCUACUCCCUCUGUUUAUUAAAAAGUGUCAUUUUGACAUUUUUCACACACCCAUUAAGAAAGUGAUUAAAAUGUAUUUAUGUUCUUACUAAUUACACAUAUUUGAUCAAUAGUAUUUGAGAUAAAUAUAAUUAUUUAUAAAACCAUUGCAGUUUUUAAUUAAUUUUAAAUUGAAAGUAAAUAUAAUUUAUAUUAGAAUUCUAAAGUGACACUUUUGUGUAACAAAAAAAAAAAGUUAGAAUGACUAUUAUUAUGAAAUAGAGGGAAUAAUUUCGUUUUAUAUAUAUAUCAAAAUCUGGUAUCAUGCAAUAAUACGAUUUACAAACAAUUAGAAAAUAAUAACAACCAUAAAUUUUGAAAUAUAAAAAUAUAAGUUUUAGUUUUAAUACGUUAAGUUGGAAAUUUUUUUCUUCUUAAUUAAAAAAAAAAUAGAAAAUACAAAACAUUUUGAGCCCGGCCCUUCGAAAAUCACACCUCCAUAAAACCUGAGAACUGAAGCGGCCGGCGACUAAACCUACCCAUCUUCCGAAGUUCAAAACCGUAAACCAGUAAGUUUUCUCGACCGGAUGUUAUGGAGGAACGCUUUUCGAAACAACAACGAAUGUACGACGAAAGUUACAUAAGGGCUAAAGAAGAUAUGAUAAGCAAACUGCCCGAUUCUUUGUUAUGUCAGAUACUGUCCUACCUCCCGACAAAGGAUACUGUCGGAACUAGUGUUCUGUCCCAUAGGUGGAAAAGCGUUUGGCUUUUGGUUCCUAACUUGGAUUUGUCCUCUUCUGAGUUCCCAGACUACAAUGCCUUUGUUAGUUUUAUGGACAGGCUCCUAGCUUUCUCUAGAGAAGAGAACUCACUCUUGUACAAGCUCAAGCUCAGUAUUCAGAAAGAAGAUGAGAAGGAUCAGUCUUGCGUCACACGGUGGAUAGAUUCUGUAGCUAACCCUAAACUCAAGCAUCUUGACAUUGAAUGUACUCUUGCGAACCGUAAGUUUCUAGAAGUAAUUCCCCAAAGCCUUUAUGUAUGUGACACGUUGGUGUCUCUAAGACUCCAUCGUGUCUCCUUGGGGGAGUUAGAGUCAGUCUCUUUGCCUUGUCUCAAGACCAUGCGUUUAGAACACAACGUCUACGCCAGCGACGCGAGUCUGGAGUUACUCAUCUCGUCUCCCCCUGCUCUCGAGGAUUUGAGCGUUGUUAGAAUGGUGCCGGAUAACGUGAAGGUUCUGCGUGUGAGGUCUCAGUCGUUAACGAGCUUCCACGUAGACUAUUUGCUUGGUGAAGGCGAUGACUAUGUUGAUGCUUUGGUGAGAGGAAAAGGCUCAGGGGUUUUGAUCGAUGCGCCUAGACUCAAGUACUUGAAGUUCGAUGAUGAUCUGUCUGACAGUAAAAUCAUUACCACCAAUAAAGUGUCCUUGGAGAAAGUCAACGUUGCCUUCGUCUUUGGUGAGCAUGAUUUUAUCGAUGUUGUCGACUUGCCAAAGCGAAACAUGGUCCGUGGUUUCUUUAACAGCAUUUCAGGAGUUAAGGAGAUGAAGAUCUCUUCGCAUACUAUGGAGUUUCUUGAUUAUAACAGGGAAGACGAGUUAUACGACCCGUUGCCUCAGUUUUGCAACGUUUCCACUUUAAAAGUGGCGUUUUACGUGUCGAAUCUGGAUAUGAUGCUGCCAACCCUUCUUGAGAGCUUUCCAAAUCUAAAAUCACUCGUCGUAAAGCUGGAUGAUUAUGAUCCUUCGAGGGAUGAGGAAGCAGAUGAUGUAAGACUCUCAUCAGUAGUACCUCAGUGUUUGAUGUCAUCACUAGAGUCUGUGAAGAUAAAGCGUUUCAACAGAGGGCCUGUUAACAUGGAAGUAGCUAGGUACUUUUUGGAGAACUCACUGGUCCUCAAGAAACUUGUUCUGGAUUUUAGAUGUUCGGUGGUUGAAGAAGGGUUUUACAUGUUGAGGGAUCUCCUUGCGUUGCCCAGGAGAUCUAGCUCGUGUCAAGUCCUACUUUGUUAGACGGCUAGAAAGGUGUAUUGAUCGGACGGAGAAUAGUAGCAUUUCAUGUUGGUUUAUUAGACUGAAUAUGGAUUUUGAUUUUAUUUUUUUGGUUGAAUUAUAUUAUGAUGUCUUCUGUGUUAUAUUAUGAUGUCUUCUGUGUGUGGAUGAUUGAUUGAGAAUUCUAUAACUAUAAGGCGAAUUCUAUAACAAAAUUUGAUGGUA